AUGGAAACAGAUAAACUUGAAGGCUACUCGACUGUGACAGGAAAUUUUACAGUUCCUUGGAAUUAUACAUUUUGUAACCUUUCUAAAAUAGACGUUCAGGAACAAUUAGGGCCCUUUUGGAAAAUUGAGGAAGUUUCUAAUACGAAGCAAUCAGUUUACUCGGUAGAAGAAAAUAGUUGUGAGGAGCUUUCCGUAAAAAACUUUUAUAGAGAAGGUGAUGGCCGAUUUGUUAUUAAAUUAUCUUUAAAAAAACCUAUUUUGGGUCAAACUAGAGAUAUAGCUCUAAAACGGAUGAAGUCUGCAGAAAAAAGGUUGCAGAAUAAUAGUUACUUGAAUACGGAAUAUUCUAAAUUCAUUGAAGAUUAUUGCAAGUUAGGGCAUAUGUCUUUGGCAAACGAAUUUUUAAAAUCAGAAGGUAAAUUCAUUUUAUCUCACCACUGUGUACUAAAAUCUAGUUCUUUGAUUAUAAAGUUACGCGUAGUUUUUGAUGGUUCGUAUAAAUCAAUUAAUAACAUCAGUCUAAACGACAUUUUGAUGGUAGGUCCAUUCAUACAACCCGAUAUAUUCAAUACAUUGUUAAGAUUUAGAAAGCACCAAAUCACUUUUAAGGCAGAUAUAGAGAAGAUGUACCGACAGAUUAAGUUACAUCCCUCGGAUCGACAAUUUCAACAUAUAUUGUGGAGAGAAGAUAAGCACAAAUUGGUUCAAGAAUAUGAACUUGAUACUGUAACUUACGGCUUAGAUCCUAGUUCAUUCAAAGUUUGA